CCCCGUCCGGCGGCCGCUGCGUGGUGACGUCAGAGCAGCGUGCCCCUGUGCCUCAGCCGAGGAGACCCCGCAGCGAGCUGCCAACGCCCGGCGGAGACUGAGGUUCCUAUUGGAGUUGAUAUUCCAGUAGACUUCAGCUAUGCAGACGAUCAAGUGUGUAGUUGUGGGUGAUGGUGCUGUUGGUAAAACCUGUCUCUUAAUUUCUUACACAACAAAUAAAUUCCCAUCGGAAUAUGUACCAACGGUUUUUGAUAACUAUGCUGUAACAGUGAUGAUUGGAGGAGAGCCUUACACCUUAGGCCUCUUUGAUACUGCAGGUCAGGAAGACUAUGAUAGAUUACGACCCCUCAGCUAUCCACAGACAGAUGUAUUUCUGGUCUGUUUUUCAGUGGUGUCUCCUUCUUCAUUUGAAAAUGUGAAAGAAAAGUGGGUACCUGAAAUUACUCACCACUGUCCAAAGACUCCUUUCCUGCUUGUUGGGACCCAAAUUGAUCUAAGAGAUGAUCCCUCAACAAUUGAGAAACUUGCCAAGAACAAGCAGAAGCCCAUAACUCCAGAGACGGCUGAAAAACUGGCCCGGGACCUGAAGGCUGUCAAAUAUGUGGAAUGCUCUGCACUUACGCAGAAAGGCCUAAAGAAUGUAUUUGACGAAGCGAUAUUGGCUGCCCUGGAGCCUCCGGAGCCGAAGAAGACUCGCAGGUGUGUGCUGCUAUGAACAUCCCUCCACAGCCCCUUCUGCAAAGCUGGUGUUUGAUGUCAUACUAAAAGCAAUGUUUAAAUCAAACUAAAGAUACAAAUUUUAAAAUUUGUUUUCGCAAUAAUGACAAAUGCCCUGCACUCCCAUCUCCCCCACACGAUCCCUGUGUGAGAUGAGAAUGUUAGUGUUUAUUCCCCAGUGCUCCCUCAAUUCAGUUAAACUAGUUAAUUUUGAGUAAUUAUGUAUUAUCAGAAAACACUGAUCAGUACUAGUUUUUUAUUUUGUUUACUGUUUCUAAUUUUUUUUUGUUUAAAAUCCAGGCAUGCUUGUGAUGACUUUUUCUGUAACAGACUAAUUCUAGGCUGUUUACUGAAGCCUUGUCCCUUAUGCCAGUCUGCCAAGACUUGGUUGUGGUUUCAAGAACUUCUAGGGCUGUUCUGGAGCCAGCCAGCAGCCUGGGUGUGAGCAGACUUUAGUACUAAAGACAAAUACAGGAAAGUAAAAUGUCCCAAGCUGGUGCUCCUCUAAGGAGGAGUGUAGAAAAUGUAUCUGCAUCUCCUCUGAAGUUGCCUUGUAUCUCUUCCCCUGGCUCUCCACUGUGCAGGUCAUAAAUUUCUGCCCCAUCCUCUAAGUUAUGAAGCCUUAGGAAUAGGAGAAUCCUUUUUCUCUGGAUGCACCAUCAGACUUGAAACUAGCUUGCCAGUCUCUUCCUUAUUCUUUGACAUCAUAAGCUUUUGUCACGUGAUGAAGAAAUAACUGCACCUGUUUAAGCAUGCCCAACUGAGUCAGUUGGCUUUUAACAGAUCAAUCUUCUGCCAGUCCUUAAUUAUUGGAGAAAUGCUUACAGUGACCAGCAUAUACACUGCUGUUUGGACACUCUGAAAGGACCUGGUGUAUGUUAAGAUGAGUUUUGGAGCUGGCUCUGGUGGUGCAUCUCUUACUGGAUGGCUUGGCAUCCUUCAGGGAGUGGUGGAAAGAUAGACCUGUGUCAGUAGGAGGGAACUGCAGGGAGGGGUUUCUAGUGUUUAGUGUGGCACCAUAUAGGGACCAGUUAAGGGAAUCCUCUUUUUCUGUGUUUUGCUCGUAAGUAACCUUGAACCUGUAAGAUGGGCUCCAGCCUGCUGAGGAUUGUGUGCAGGGUCUUUAUGUAGACUGACUGCAGUGUUGUAGGGAUUUUACCAAAAAAAUAUUUUGGCUUGCAAAUUCAAAGUUUUUUAAGACUUAGGGAAUCUUCUCCAUCUUCCAAAAUUCUCAUUUCUUGUAGACUCGUUAGUGUUGAACCAAUGCUUUUUCAUGUCUAAGUUCUUUGUAUAUGCAUUCUUUUCAGAUGUAUUAAACAUAAAGUAUCUUCACAAGCCUGCCUGAGGGUAGUUAUUUCCCUUGCCUUUCUCUUGAGUGUGAAGGACUUGUAAAUACGGCUUUUAUCCCUUGCGAGCCCUCCUCUCCUCCUUGCAAGUUAGUUUGGGUCUUUCCUUAAUGCUUAAUUAUGUCAGUUCACGUCUUCCCUCAUCUCUGCUGCUGGCCUCAAUUCUGUCAAGAUUGCUCUAGUCUUCGAUGCAGUGUCUUUGCUGUUCUACCCAACUCUGAAGAGAGGGCAUGGUGGUUCUUAACAAAAGGAAUACUCAUUGUUGUGCAUGUUCCCAAAUAUUAAAAGUUGGCUUUUGGGGGUUAUUGGGCUCUUGCACCUUUUCUGUCAAGAAGCUAGUCUUUGUGGAAGUUUCCUGUUGUUCCCUGUUCACUUGCAGAUAACAAAAAUCCUACAGGGAUAAAUGGCAUCAUACCUAUCUCCCUCCCAAAAAUGCACAGAAUUUGUUACACCUUUUUUGUUAAUUGUCCAAAGAAGCGGUGCGGUCUUACACUGUUGAUGCAUAACUUGUAUUAAUUAUUAAAACACAUUCCAAAGAGCCUCAUUAAAGGUCAUUUUUACUUUAA